AUGCCUUUAAAAAGGUGUAUUUUUAGACACCAGCCGGUUAUAGACGAUGAGACAGCAGCUCACCUGGAGCAACUUAAUCUUUUGACUCCACCACGAAACGGCAAACGGACAAUUUCAACAGACCAACUCACCUGUAUCGACGUAAAUCUCACUGAAGUCCCAGCACUACUCUACAGCAGGCAGACUUACGAAUUUAUUGGGUUCUGUCCUAUGAUCUCCCUAAACCUGUGGCGAGAUUUCCUCUGUUUUCCUGGCUCCUUCAUAGGUAAAGCCAAUGCACACCUUGCCGAUACCGACAUAGACAACAUCGCGGAAGCCUCAGCUGGUGACUGGUACAGAUGCUUAGCAAUCCUUGGUAUCAACGAUGAAACCAUAGAGGAAAUCAUGCAUCCAAAACAUCUCGAUUUGCGCCGGACUAGGUUUUGCAAGGACUGGGCUAAUGACAAGAUCGAAGCUAUGUGGCUAAGCAUUCAAUUAGUGGGGGAAGCACUGCGACAGGAGGUUGCGUCGAUGGAGACUGGAGUUAGGACACAUGCUUCUAAUAACUUCCCAGAGUGA